CAUAGGUUUAAGUGGGAAAAGCUGAUGAGCAACCAAUAGCAAGAAACUGCCAGACUCUAUUUUCAAGGUUUAUUAACAACCACAGUUGUAUCUGGAUUUGAAUUGAGUUGAAACUCAACCAGAAUUAUCAACUCUUAUCAAAUUAAUACUAAGAGAUCUUGAAUCUCUUCAUUCAUUGCGUAUCAUGACGAGUUCCUCUUAAAUAACAAGUAUUUUUUCACUAAGACCAUACAGUAUUCAAUCCUAAAUUUAUAUUUUUUGUUAUGUUACCAAAUAUUUUGUUUUGUGCAAUCUUUCUAUGAAUUUCAUCUGAUUGUUGGUCAUCAAUUAAUUUGUAUUAUUGUUCAUUAAUCUAAGUUUUGCUUUCAAUUUCCACUUAAUUUUUGCUAUCAUCUCAUUAAUCAGUGAUUGGUUGAACAAUGGAGACACUUAGCAUGUGUUUAAUAUUUACUUCAAGAAUUGUCAUUUGACAAUGACCCGUUGAUGGUUGCAGUUUGAAAUUGUGAAUAAAAUACUUAACUGGAUCGGAAUUAUUGCCAAAACUGUCAAACUCUCAGAUUCCAUUUCAUUUACCAGUUACCUGUUUUUAGGUCCAUAUCACAAGCCAGAAUAGACCAGGAAAUAUAAAAAGUGAUUGACGUUGGCUAUUGUUAAGAUGAUAGGAACUAAAUUGAAACAGGUGAUUUCCCAGUAUUUUUCCAGACUGUCUAUUUUCAAACUUCAUGAAGCCCUUGAAGCGAAACACUCCCGAUAUGGAUCCAUAAAAAUUGAAAAAAGAUACUGGCCCAUCAAAAGGACAAUUGUUUAUGUGUUUAACCCAGCAGAUAUUGAAAAAAUAUUGAGAGCUCAAGGCAAGUGUCCUUAUCGUCCGGCAAACGAGUUUCUGGUUAAAUAUCGCAAAUCUCGUCCUGAUCGUUAUCCAACAGUAGGAUUCAGUAAUUUGCAAGGAGAAGAUUGGUUCAGUCAAAGGCUUUUAAUUGCUCCUGUUUUAUUAUCAAAUAGCAUAGCCAAUGUGUAUACACCUCAGUUAAAUAUCAUUGUCAACGAUUUUGUGAAUUAUCUUCAACAUCAAUCUCAACAAAAGGAUGGCAUAAUUGAAGAUCUGUUGAAAUGUACAGAUCAAUUUGCAUUGGAAUCAAUAGCUUUGAUCAGUUUAAACACGAGACUAGGAUGUCUGUCAACUGGCGGGUCUUCAGAAGAUGCUAAACGUUUAAUAGCAGCUGAUAAAAGUUUAUUCGAGGCUUUUCAAGUCUUGUAUCAUGGUAUUCCUUGGUGGAAAUUUUGGCCAACCCCCAGUUAUCGUAAAUUUGUAUCAGCUGAAGAUGAAAUUUAUAACAUCUCUAGUAAAUAUGUAGAUAGUGCUUUCGAUGAUUUGGUGUCAAGUAAAACGUUGAAUUCAACUGAUCCCGAUGGAACUAGUCUUGGAAAAAACCAGGAUGACGAUUCUAGCAGUUUGAUGAAAACAUUACUAAAAACUAAAGGACUAGAAAAGGCUCAUCUCAAAACAUUAGCAAUUGAUUUUAUGGUUGGUGGAGUGAACACUGUGUCAUCAUCUUUGUGCUUUCUUCUCUACCAUUUAGCUCAGAAUCCUCUUCACCAAGAAAAAUUAUUUUCGGAACUCGAUAAAGUCAUUGGUGAUCCUAAUGUCGAUAUGAAUGAAAAGCAUUUAAGUCAAUUGCCUUAUCUUAAGGCUUGUUUGAAGGAAAGUUUUCGAUUGACGACAGUUAUUCCCAAUUUGGUUCGAGUCCUUCCAGAGCCAAUCACUCUAUCGGGUCAAACAAUUCCUGCAGGAGUUCCAAUUAUGUUGAAUUUCGGUGUUAUUUGUAAACAUGCAGAUUAUUUUGAAAAUCCUGAACUAUUCAAACCAGAAAGAUGGAUUGGCGAAGCUCGUCGCUCAAUUCAUCCUUUUUCUUUGCUAACAUUUGGCCUGGGUAACCGCAUGUGUGCUGGUCGACGAAUUUCAGAAAUUGAGUUAUAUUUGGCAGCGGCUAAAAUCAUUUUAAAAUAUCGACUUAUUUCAAAGACGCCAGAUCUGAAAUUGAAACAAGAUUUCAUUAUUGUUCCAGAAAACAAGAUAAAAGUUGCUUUGGAAAUCAGAUGAAAUUAAUGCCAAAAUCAAAAUGCUGAAUCAAAAAAUUUAUUUUUUAUAACUAUAUCUUAAUUUUAUAACUAUAUAUUCACCUAUUUCACCAUGACAGAGAGUUGUCUUUCAAAAGCAUCUAACUUUUAUCAAAAGUAAAAUAUCACCAGAUGUCAUCGAAAUUCAUUGUGACUUCUGUCAAUUUUUUACUCUUCAUUUGCUCAUUUUAGCACCAUUCAUGACAAUUCAAAAAUAAAUAAAAACAAUCUUUCAAAUAUUAAA